AUGCUGCAGACUACGCGAGAAAGACGAUGGUGGACAAGCCAGGAAGACGACAUACUGAAGAAUGCAGCACAAGCGCAAUGUAAUAACCCCGACGAACUGGUUGGAAAUGUAACUAUAUCUGACACCGAGGCUGACCUUCACCCCACAGCACACAAACCCGGCAGCGUACAAAACUGGAACGAUAUUGCUUUUUUGUUGCCCGGGCGCACCAACAAGGACUGCCGCAAGCGAUGGUCAAAGAUUCAGACCGACGUCCAGAAGGGGGUAUGGAAACGGGACGAAGAUGAGAGACUGCGGCACGCAGUACAGCAGUUGGGGUUCAAAUGGUCUCGCGUGGCCGCCAUGGUUCGGUGUCGCAAUGCAGACCAGUGCGCAAAGCGUUGGCAACAAGUGCUCAGACCUGACCUGAACCAUAUGUCGUGGACUCCUGAAGAGGAUGAGAAGCUGCUGGCGGCAAUCAAGACCUAUGACAACAACUGGAAGCAAAUAAGCCUCGCCGAGUUUCCCGAUCGCUCCACCCACGACAUAAGGAAUCGGAGCCGCUUGCUCGACCGUGGGAGCCGGAAUGCCAGUGACGUUGGAUCCAUACCCGAGCAACUGCGGACCCCGAGUUCAAAAGGAGACAAAAUGAUGAUAUGCGGGGACGAGAAUACUGAUAACGAUAUUGGCACUUUUGAUGGUAGUGCUGAGUGCGACGCUGGCCACAUAUCUGACCCCAGCUGGAUUGGACCCAAGAAAGUCUUGGAAAAUAACCAGGGACUGCCUGUACCAGAUAAUGAAUGGCUUUCUUGGCGCAACCCAUUUGAGGAUUCAUCCUCGACCACGCCUGUUUCUCAGUUGGCGUGGUGGGACAGCGAUCUUGUGGAUCAGCACUGCUUUCUCAACUCUGUGUCAUCGGAUGCUGGGGUUUUUCAAGUUCCCGGGUUGGCGGGAGACAUUCAGGGUAUCGGCGACCCAGAGGUUCGGAUCGAUGCGAAUAUGGAGAUGCACAAUGGCGAUGCCGUUUUGGAGAAUGGGCAGAAAGGAAGCGUCAUUUUGACCUUGGAUCAAGUGGACCCAUAUGUGGCCCACGAAAUCAUGGGCAGCGUCCUAAAGCAUAGCGCAGGUCUCAAAAUUCGGUGCGUCGUCGAUGGCAAAUAA